CCACUCGUUAUUUUGCCUCCGUACUGGUUCGGACAUGAGCCGGCAACAUUUUUGAGAUUUGAGAAAAGGUAGGGACCCUCUGGUCGAGACACACCAGGGUUACUGGUUGGUGCGUCUUGGUAGGAAUUCGUCAGGCCUUGUUUGUUUACAUUGAUUUCUGUUAGUUUGACCUCGUUAUCUCGUCCUCCUGAAAACCUCUUGUUUGCUUUGCAAGUAUCAAGAUGAGCAGAAAAUAAACCACAAUCAUUUUCACUUCUGCUCUGACUCGUUCUGGUUCUUUAGUUGUGGUGAUGUCGUCUCAUUUUACCACAUUUGAGGAUGAAGUAUUUUUGUACGAUCUACUGAAGAACUUGACUAAACCACGACCCCGAUCUGAAGGACUUAGUUCCACUGUUCCCCUCAAUUUGACGCCCCUGAGUAUUUCCGUCCUUCGUCUCUGUGUUUGUUUGUUUUCUGCUGAAACCCACCACGGAUUCAGCUUUUAGCUGCGGGAAACAAAACCACAGCGGUUUAAAUAGCACCUCCAAAGAGGAAGGAAGUAAUUUCGACUGAUGGUAAGAUACAUGAUAAGGUCUGAGCGCUCGUCAAACAGUCUGUGCUGGUCCACAAUGGGACGAACAUCUGUUCUCUGGCUGCUCUUGGCGACGUCGCUCCUCCUCCUCCUCCGCUGCACAGCAAACCAAGCUGGUCUGACGGUGAGUCCCAGCAGCUCCCAGUUCUUUAAAAGAGACUCUGUCUCUCUGAGCUGUGAGGAGGACGACAGCUCUGCUGGAUGGAGGCUGAGGAGGAACACCACCAGAGAAACCAGGACUCAGUGUGACGACUGGGGAAGAUCAGCUGGUUCUUCCUGUAACAUCAGCUACAUCGACCCAUUGGACAGUGGAGUUUACUGGUGUGAGUCCAGAGAGGGAGCAACCAGUAACAGCAUCAGCAUCACUGUCACUGGUGGAGCAGUGAUCCUGCAGAGUCCUGUCCUCCCUGUGAUGGAGGGACAUGAUGUCACUCUGCACUGUAAAACAAAGACCCCUCCCUCCAACCUCCCAGCUGCUUUCUAUAAAGAUGGCUCCCUCAUCACAGAGACUACAGGUCACAUGACCAUCCACCAUGUUGACAAGUCUGAUGAAGGCCUCUACAGGUGUAACAUCAGUGGUCAUGGAGAGUCUCCACCCAGCUGGAUCACUGUCACAGGGAAACCCUCCGUCACCACACCUCGUCCCUCAUCUUCCUCCUCUCCUUCUGGUAACUCCCUCGUCUUUACUGCUCCUCCCGUCUCAUCUUCCUCUCCUAACCUCGCGGUGCUGUGGUCCAUCCCAUCAGUCGCUGGUCUGGCUCUGCUGGUUCCACUGGUUCUAGUGGUGAGACGAUACGUCCGGAGGAAAAAUAAAGAGAGCGGUCCGUCUCCAGAGGACGUCAGCUAUCAACAGAUACUCAUCAAACCAAACAAGACGAGAGAGUCUCCACCAGAGCCAGAGGUCAUCUACUCUUCGCUGAGGUUGACCUUCCCUCCGCCCGCCGACGUCCGGCUGCAGGGGACGGUUUGACCCGGGACGAGCGACGGGGGAAGCAGCAACAAACGGACAAUGAAAACCACUUACAUUAUUUUUGGACUUGGUGGAGGGAAGAGAAGUGGGCCAGAGAAGACCCCGUUUAAUUCUGGGCCAGAUCUGGAUUUGUUUCCCUAUAAAGACUGAUGCAUGUUGUUGACAUUGACCUUUGGUUUGUUGCAUGUGCCCAUGUGACCCAGAGUCACAACCCGACGUUUAGGUGGCAUCACAUUACACACUGACAAGAGGAAAACGCAGUGGCAGGAAGCAGCCAGCAGGUGGCAGAUAACACCAGUAUCAGCAUGUGACAUAAAGACAGAGAGGACGUCUGCAGAAACAACUUCAUCCAUUUAUGGAAAUGGCUUUAUACCGAGGAACCACGUGAACGCUCGGCUUCAUCAUUCAGAUGAAAACAAUGCAAAUGAAUAUUUGUUUUUGGUUUUGUGUGUCAUGUAGUUUUAGUCACGAAUCUGCAGAGUUGGUUUUCUUUCACUUGAGGUUUCGUAUCAUCAUCAUUAAAUCAAGGCUCUGACGAGCUGUUUCUAUUAACUGAAGUGGAAAGAAUCCACGACAUGAGAGUGAAGUGGAGCCCAGUAUGUGACCCUCCCUUCAUGAGUAACCUCGUCACUAUUUUAGUUUCACUUUUGUAUUUAGAGGGGGGGCAAUAUGAUCUUACCUCAGGGGCCACUUAGUAGCUCCACCUCGGGGUCAGCGAGGUCAAUAAUGUCCUCAACAUGAUCUGAUGUUGCUUUUCUGUCCUGGACAUUUGUGCAUCUACAGAAAUAAUGUAAAGAAUAAACUGCAACUUUAUCUUU